UCGCCAGCGGUGCUAGUAUAUUUUGGAAUGAGCAGCUUAACCUGCAGCGACCUCGCCACGGACAAGAUCUCGGAUGCACGUGGGGCGGCGGUCGUCCAGAUGCCCCCUCGGCGGACUGCGAAUGUAUCGUCGUCGCUGGACGAACUGCUGAGAGUUAGCGACAGCCUGUUAAACUUGGCGCCGCAUCAACCCCAUCAUCCGUCCUCCAUGACCAAGGCGGACGUAGACUUGAAGGCGAAAAAAUGGCUAGGGGAUUCGUCCCAAGAACUCUCGGAGAUUCAGCAAUCUGUCGAGCGCCUCAAGCUCCAGCGAUUGCAAGUGGAGCAUAUUCGCCACGACAACGACCGGUUGGAAAUGGAGUUGGCGCAAAAGGAAGAUACCAUCCGGGCAUGUCGUCACGAGUUGGAACGACUUCAAGGCGUGGAAGGUGAAAACGAGCGGCUGCGGAGUCGCGUGUUGCAGGUGGAGUUCAAGCUGGAGCAGGUCGACGCUGCGUUUCGAGAUAAGCGGCAACAGCUACAAGACGCCAUCGACACCCGCGAGGCGCUCGAGUUGCGGUGGCGGGAAGCAAUGGAAUCGCUGCAGAACGUCGUGGAAGAGACCACCCGCACGUACGAGAGCAAGCUCAAGUUGAUGGAGCACGACUUGGAGACCCGCAUGGCAAAAAUUGGAGAGCUCGAAGUCGUCGUGGGCGACACCAAAGCUACGGCGGAGCGCAGGGAGGGCAAGCUCGAGCUCAAGAUAUCGCAAUUGGAGGCGACGAACUUGUCGUUGGAGAAGCAGGCGGCAACGGGGUCUGCGUCAUGGGAGGCCGAGCGGACGCGCCUUCUGAACGACUUGGCGGCUGCAGACAGCAAGAUUGCAGGACUGGCGGCCACGACGUCGCGGCAAACAACCAUGAUCCAAGAGUGCGACCGGGCGAUUUCCGACUCGGAGGACCGAAUGACGAAAUUUCUCAAGCGAAAGACGGCCAUGCACAAGGCGCAGACCGAGUUGGAGGCGCGAAACAAGGCACUGGAAGAUCACAUCAAGCAGCAACAGACCGAGUCUGCCCGCGAAGUGCAAACGCUCCAGGCGUUGAUUCAAGGACUCGAACAAAAGUGCGAAUCCAAAGACCAUCAGGUGGCAGAGCUAACGGCACUGAUCGCGACAUCCGACAAACGGAACGAAGCCAGCCAUCAUGAGUUUAUAAAGCGGGAGCGCCAUCGAUUUCAUCUGGACGAGCAAAACAAAGCGCUCGUGAAGCGUGAGAAGAAGAUGCUGGGCGACGUAACGGAGCUAAGCAUGGCUCUUCGAGUACGAUUGAACGUCGCUGUUGACCUCGUAUUGCUGACACAAGUACCCCAGGACAUUUCCGACGAAAAACGGGUGCUCGAAGACAAGGUCAAGUCGCUGCUUGCUCAAUUGGAACUGGAGCGUGAAGAUCGCACGAAAUGGGCAACUUCGCGAUUGAAACUCUUGGCGCAGUUUUGCGACGAAGAGAACAAACUCACGUCGUCCCUCAGCGCGCACGGAGUGUCGAAUGCGCACGGGUAUCGCAAAUAAUGACACUGCAGCCCUCCAACAACAACUGGAGGACAGUACGAAGGUGGUUUUGCUGCCAUAAUCGACUUUGUACUACUACUUUGCAC